AUGGCUCCUCUCUCAGCCUCGACGGUACGCGUCGCGAACGGCGCAACGACUGAGAUAGCUCCUGCCAACGCAAACCCACUCCCAGGCAAGAGCAUAAAUGCCGACUUCCAGAUACGAUAUGUUGAAGACGAGCCGAGGCGCAAUGAGCCGGUUCCACUGAAUGGCGAAUCUCUGGUAGAGACGACGCCUGGCAAGGAAGAUGACGCCAGCUCCAACGCAGAAGCACAGAAGAACUGGUGGGCCGAGGCCAUUGCAAAGAACAUGGACAUUGCAGAUGGCUACACCAAAGUCGCAGUGCUUCUGAUCAAAUGGGCAGACCAUCUGGACGAGCUAAGAACUGCUGACGAGGCCCAAGAACUCGAAUCCCUCUUCCGCGACCGCUUUCACUACCAGACCAAGACCGUCGAAUUGAACAUACGGAAGAAGCCGCAGCAUCAGCUCGACAACCACAUCAGCCAGUUCAUUUGCGAGCAUGACGGGACACAGAGUCUACUCAUCGUCUAUUAUACGGGACACGGCAUCUUCCAAAAGGCAACCAAAACUCUGGAGCUUACGGGAACCCAAGAUCCUUCCAAGGACACAGGCUUUAGCACUGUAGCCCGAGCCACCUGGAACAAGGCUGAGGAGCAGCUGCGUCAUGAAGAUGUCGAGGCCGAUGUGCUGACUAUUCUGGAUACUUGCUACGCCAGCAAUCUCGUAAAGUCCAGCAGGCAGGAAGAGAAGAAGUUCGAGCUACUGAGCGCUUGCCACUUCGACGAAACGACUGCCGCACCCGGGCCGAACUCGUAUACCCGUGCUUUCAUCGACGCUGCUAAUGAGCUCCUCGACAAAGACCCCAAGCGUCCGAUAUCUACCUUUAGUCUGAUGCAACGCAUCAACCAAGACCCGAGACGCAUCGAUACACCUUCCCAACUUUGGGGCCGUAGUCGCAACCCUCAGCCAAAUCAAGAGCACAUAUUCUUGACACCUUUCGGACCAGAGAAAACUGAUGCUCUACAUCAGUACCGCCCAAGGGCCAAAGGCUUUCUGACCCUACGGUUUGGUCUUCGCGACGCGGAGCUAGACCAAGCACAGAUCGACUACAUGGCCAGACUUCUUACAAAGGCGCUGAACAACAAGGAACGCAUUGGCUUGAGAAGGAUUGAUUGUCUGAGCAUGGAGCCCGCACCACCCAUAUCGCAUUUCGAGCGCGUGACAUCCGUGUUGCGUGUCAAAGCGCAGUGGAAGAAGGUGAUCGCUAGGAACAAGGAGAAGGCGCAAUCGCAGAAUGGCAAUGCCGCAAACAGGUCGAUGAAGCGCAUAUGCGAUGAAUCCGACCAACUACCAGAUGCGAAGAGGCAGCAUCUGGACCCGACACAUCCGCCAUCACCGCCAGUAUCGGAUGCAUAG